AGCAAUAUGUACUUCUCUCUUUGAUAAGUGAUCUCUCUAUUUCUCUCCAUGAUAAGUGGUCUUUCUAUUCCUGUCUAAUAUAUAACUGAUCUCUCUCUCUCUCUCUCUCUCCAUUUAUUUAUCUAUCUCUAUUCAUUUUAUACACAUCUAUCAUUAAAGAUGGAGAUGACUGACCGGAGAGCUGACGAUAAGACCAUCACCGGCGAAGCCCAAAACACGUGUAUUGCAGACUUUGAUCCACCAAAGAAAGCCAAGACAAAGAAGUUUGCCAUUGCUUGUGGCAUUUUGGCUUCAAUGACUUCAAUCUUACUGGGUUAUGAUAUUGGUGUAAUGAGUGGAGCGUCACUCUUUAUUAAAGAAAACCUCAAAAUCAGCGACGUUCAAGUCGAAAUUCUUAACGGUACUUUGAACCUCUACUCCCUCAUUGGCUCCGCCUUGGCCGGUAGAACCUCCGACUGGAUUGGACGCCGGUACACCAUAGUACUUGCGGGAACAAUUUUCUUCAUUGGAGCUAUCCUCAUGGGCCUUGCUCCCAACUAUGCCUUCCUCAUGUUCGGCCGAUUUGUUGCCGGAGUUGGAGUUGGCUACGCUCUUAUGAUAGCUCCUGUCUACACUGCCGAGAUCUCUCCGGCCUCGUUUCGUGGCUUCCUCACAUCUUUUCCUGAGGUGUUUGUUAAUAUUGGCAUAUUACUGGGGUACGUAUCCAACUAUGCCUUCUCCAAGCUCCCCAUUCACUUGAACUGGAGGGUCAUGCUCGGCGUCGGCGCGUUUCCAUCUGUUGUUCUUGCCAUCGGUGUCUUAGCCAUGCCCGAGUCGCCUCGUUGGCUCGUCAUGCAAGGGCGACUUGGAGACGCCAAGCGAGUUCUACAAAAGACAUCAGAAUCCAUAGAAGAGUGUCAGCUCAGACUAGAUGACAUCAAAGGAGCCGCAGGAAUUCCCAAACAGUCCAACGACGACAUUGUUCAGGUUUCUAAACGCAGCCAUGGUGAAGGCGUGUGGAAAGAAUUGCUCGUUCAUCCCACGCCAGCCGUUCGCCAUAUUUUAAUCGCAGCUCUUGGUAUCCACUUCUUUGAACAAUCGUCAGGUAUAGACUCUGUCGUUUUGUACAGCCCCAGGAUCUUCGAAAAGGCAGGAAUCACCUCCUACGAUCAGAAGCUACUCGCAACGGUGGCUGUUGGAGUUGUCAAGACCAUUUGCAUCUUAGUCGCCACGGUUUUCCUUGAUAAGUUUGGACGGCGUCCUUUGCUUUUGACUAGCGUGGCUGGAAUGGUACUUUCACUUACCUGUCUCGGUGCAGGCCUUACAAUCGUCGAUCAACACCACGGAAAGAUCACGUGGGCCAUCGUGUUGUGCAUCACCAUGGUAUUACUUAACGUUGCGUUUUUCUCCAUCGGACUGGGGCCGAUCACAUGGGUCUACAGCUCCGAGAUCUUUCCGUUGCAGCUGCGCGCGCAAGGGUGUAGUAUGGGAGUGGCCGUAAAUAGGGUGACGAGCGGGGUCAUCUCCAUGACUUUUAUUUCAUUGUAUAAGGCCAUCACGAUUGGGGGAGCCUUCUUUCUUUACGCGGGAAUUGCUGCGCUUGGUUGGGUGUUCUUUUAUACGUUGUACCCAGAAACACAGGGCCGAACUCUUGAGGAUAUGGAAGUCUUGUUUGGUAAAUACCAUAAGUGGAGAGAAGCCAAUGCCAUGCUUAAGAAGACUAAGCAAGUUGAUGGUGAAGACAACAAGGGUCAAAUCCACUAGGGAUAGAAGGGCAAAUGCUCAAUAAUCAGUGUUUGAUGCACUUGAUGAUGGUUUCCUGAUUCGAAUUUCUUUCUUUCGAAACCUCUUUGCAUAUUUCAGUUUUAUAUGUGUAAUUGUUGCGAACAUCUUCUUAUCUUCUUUUUCAAGUUGGAAUAACUUGUGCGGAAGGAAGAAACUAAGUUUGUUAGAUAUGUUUAUACAAGUUUGAUCUUCAGUUUGA